CCUCAACCAGGGAAACAAAUCCAUCCUUCAAGGCUCCCCCCAGGGAGCUCCAGAGCAUCCUCAGGGGCCACAUCCAGCAGCAUUUCAGAGGCAAGUGCCUCCUCCAUCAGUGGCAGUGGCUCCACCAAAGGCCCCCCUGGCCUCCCUGCCCCCAGCAAGUUUGGGGCAAGGAAAACCCUGCUGAAACUCCCGGGGCCCACCAGGACCCUCCUCAAAGGAAAGAGCACCUCCUUCUUGAGCCCUGUUUGCAGCGUGAAUCCGACCUCAAAAUCGAGCUCGGUGGAGACCCCGGCGAGAGGCAAUGUUAAGCCAGGCGCCCCUUUCCCCCGUCUGGCCGACACUCCUCAGCCCAAGCCGGGCAGCCAACUGAGCCACGGGAGCGUCUCCUGCCAGUCCGCACCCUUUGCUGGCCAAGCCAAGGAGUCUGCCUCAGUUUCCUUGAGGCAGCCACAGACCCCCAAAACUGGAAUCCAGAGGCUGAGUUCCACCCCCAGCUUAUCCCAAGCCUCUCGGCUAAUGAAGCCCAGGAGGGCUGGGGGUCCCAGCUCUGGCGCCAAGGUGGGGCCUCACCGUCCUGCUUUCUCUGCAGGUGCCUCCCCAGACAGCGUGACUCCUCCAGUCCAGGGUGUGAGCCAGCCACCGUCAGGCCCUACAAGUGGAAGCACUGCCCUGCGUGGUACCCCUGCCCGGUGCUCCUCAGGAGGAGCCCUGCAACCCCCCGGCAGCAGUACCCGUACCCCCCUGAGUGUCCGGCGCCUGUCCACCCUGCCUACGCCAUCCAGGCGCCGAGCAUCAGCGCUUCCAUCGUGGCCAACGCCCAGAACUGGCCUGAGAGCCUCCUCCCCCCUGCGGCAGGUGGCUGCCCAGCCCCCUUCACAGACACGCCCCAAGAAGGCUGAAGGCAGGUCUGAGCAAGCCCAGGAGAGAAGCAGGCUGGGGGCUUCUCACCCGUCCGACCCCCCACUGGGGGUGCCGUUGGCCCUUGACUUUUCCUCUCCCGAGCAGGCAGCCCCCCAGACCUCUGGGCAGGAGACCAAGGAGCAGCUAGUGGCAAAGCCAGCCCCUGCUGAGGCUGUGUUUGUCCACCUUGGACCCGAAACCUGUGCCACCAACCCAGCAACACCAAAACCACCUCUCCACAGCCAGCCGCUCAUCGACUUCUCCAACAGCCCUGAAGCGGCCCCGCGGCGGCUCCCCCUGACACCGGCCAAGGCCAGGGCCAGCCAAGGCCCGCUUCUCAUUGACCUGUUUCACUCCCCAGAAGCAGACAAAAGUGUCCCAUUCAAACCUCUGCCGGCCAUGGGGCAGCUGAUAGAUCUGAGCUCCCCUCUCAUCAGCCUGAGCCCUCUUGAGGACAAAGAAAACCUGCACUCCCCGCUCCUCAAGUUCUAGGUGGACACCAGCCCUGAGACCCUGGCAAGCAUGCCCAGUGUGCCCGAGUCCAGGGCCCUGGCCUGGCCUGGGGAGGAGGGACAGAGGCUGACCCGGCCCAGAGGGAGGGCAGACUGCCCAGCAUCUCACCAGUGAACAAAAAAUAGGUAAUUUAUGAAGACAAAUUAAGAAACUUUGUUUUUGUUUUUUUUAAUGUCUAUUUUUAUCAUUUGUUUAAAAAGUCCAACAGAGCUUAAAUAAAACUCCCUGAACCUGUG